UAUAUAAAAUUAGAAUUGUUUUUACAUCAGAUCGUAUACAUCAUAAAAAAACCUAUUAAUGUUUGACACGUCGCUGGAUCGAUUCUCAUCCGGUAUUCGAUGACAAAUACAUACAACCAGAAUGGUACGGGCAACUCGCACGACGAAGAUGAGGGAUGCGGUUCCGCAGAAAGGAAGCACUAACUUAUCUACUCCCAAGUCCAAACCGUCCCUAGAAAUAUAUCGACCCCCAGGUGGGAGAGCGGAAGGGACCACGGCGAACGUCACUAAUCUCCGUUUAAACGUGCACGCCAAGGAAUUUACUAUGAAGCAAAACGAUUCACAUCUUUCUAAGUCUCGAAUUAACGCAUCCGAGCGCUCCACGUAUUAUAUACAGCACAGCAAGUCGAGUGGUAACAUUCACCGAUAUCUCUAUGCUCAGCAACAGCUGCAGCAUCCUCUGCAGCAGCAACAUCAACUCUCACCUCGUCAUUCUCAAAGUAGCCAUCAUUCGACAACGAAUUCUAUGUUACGUCAGUCCCAUCCUUUGGACACGUCCGCAUCCAGCGGAAACAUCUUACACGCUACAAAUAGAGUACACUUCAACGUAGAUCAAAAUGAAGUCAAGACGAAUUCCGUAAAACCAGGCAAGCUUACUAAGUCGCAUACCUUUGUAUCCACUUAUGGUCUAAAGCGUCCCAAGAGCUUGAAUUCAGAUGUAUUAACUGCUAAGGCAUUCAACAUCGCAGAUGCUUCCGAACUCGGAAAAUUUCCUUCACCUGUUCAAGAUAUACUCUUGCGAGCGAUAGAAGAUCCGAAUCUUUUAAACGCGAGAACAUUGAUGGAACUAGUGCGGCAUAUCCUGGAAAGGGUAAUGGGAAGUCGCAAAUAUGCCGAACCGGCAGCUAAAGUUUGCAUCACAAUUAUAGAGAAAGAAAUGAAGGAAACUUUUUUGGAAUCCUUGCUAAAUACCUGUCAGCAGUGGUAUCAGGAUCGCGCUAGAUUGUUAUACGAUAAUACGACCUGUUAUCGAUACUCGGCCUUUAUGACAUUUCUCAACGAGAUGUAUUGCCAGCUAAAGCGACGGCAGCUACAGCUGAAGACGCAACAAGAGGGCGUUCCUCCCGGACGCGUGCUCCUCACGCUGCUUUGGAAAUGUUGUCAGGAUUGUCUGCAACCACCCGUCAUUAACUCGCUCGCCGAGACGAAUUGCCUGUUUGUCAUCCUCACGUGCAUCGGUAAGGACCUGGCCGCAGAACUACCCGCGCAGCUGCAGCAGCUGCUCGGCGGCGUGCGCGACGCUUUCCUGGCGGAGGAGACGACGUUGCCUCCUGUCAAGCGAACGCUCCUCCAGCUGAUCGAACUCCACGCCGCACAUUGGCAGCUACCGGCCCCGGCGGUGGUUUACUACUAUCCUUCGAACUCGAACUCCAAGUGACCGCUAUACUCGGUAUACUCGCGAUCUCUCCGUCCGUCUGCUCGGAUUGAAUGCGAGUGGAUAUGUGCGAAAAUACAGAAUGUAUGUAUCUUACUUUGUCAUUUCAGCACUGGAUCGAAAUGUUAUUUUCAAUGAAAAUCGCGCCGAGCACAGACGAGUUUUACUUCUCGAUACGAUAAAAAAAAGCACGAACGAAAGCACGAUUUAUGUUAUUUUCUUUCGAAGAAUCGCGAGUAAUUUGCGAUGAUCUCUUUCUGCGAAACGAAAACGUUUUUGUUCGAGGAUGUAUGAAGAUGAUGGUGCGAAUAAAAAAUUCUUUUGCAUAGAUCGAAGGAUAAAUUGCAAUAAUUAAUUUUCAAGGAAUAAUGUGAUCGAGAAGAUGUCAGCAAAAAAUGCAUUAUAAUUUAUUCAAACGAUAUUCCACAUCGUAAAUCAGCGAAGUCGAGGAGUCUUUAUCGUAACAGGAGAGGGUGAAAAACCUCGCAUCUCUGGAACGAAGAAGCAACUGCAUCAAUAAAUGCGUUUGUGAUUUUU